GGUACAAAACACAACGUCGACAUCAGCAAACAGCGGGGUGUCCACCAUAAUGUAGCCCAAACAGAGUAGGAACAGCCGUGCUUACAUCCACUGAAUAACACGCGCAGAUGUCCAGGCUGCAGUGGUGAAAACAAAAUAAAGCAGAGCGGGCCGUUUUAUUUUUGCAUGGUGAAAAUGAAGGAGCUGAAGGGCUGCGGUAUGCGGUCUUCUGUGGGCUUUCUGUCCCGCAGAGAGCUGAGUGGACAGCCGCUCAUGAAGGAGGAAUUCCAGAGACGCAGGCUGGCCGGCUGCACCCGCCUCUACAAGAAGGAUAUGCUCGGGCAUUUUGGCUGUGUCAAUGCCAUUGAGUUCUCCAACAACGGCGGAGAAUGGCUGGUGUCUGGGGGGGAUGACCGCCGGGUCCUCCUUUGGCACAUGGAGAAAGCCAUCCAUGCCCGGUCCAAGCCUGUGAAACUGAAGGGGGAGCACCUGUCCAACAUCUUCUGCUUGGCUUUUGACAGCACCAACAAAAAGGUCUUCUCUGGUGGAAAUGAUGAACAGGUGAUUCUUCAUGAUGUGGAGAGAAGGGAAACUCUGAACGUGUUCCUGCACAUUGAUGCUGUGUACAGCCUGUCUGUCAGCCCAGUCAAUGACAACGUGUUUGCCAGCUCAUCUGACGACGGGCGCGUUCUUAUCUGGGACACUCGUGAGCCGCCACAUGGAGAGCCAUUCUGCCUGGCCAGCUACCCCUCAGCCUUCCACAGUGUCAUGUUUAACCCUGUGGAGCCCAGGUUGCUCGCCACAGCCAACUCUAAGGAGGGGGUUGGUUUAUGGGACAUCCGCAAGCCUCGCAGCUCCCUGCUUCGUUAUGGAGGCAGCAUGUCUUUGCAGAGUGCCAUGAGUGUUCGCUUCAACAGCACUGGCACACAGCUGCUGGCGCUGCGUCGCCGCCUGCCGCCCGUCCUCUAUGAGCUGCACUCCCGCCUGCCCAGCUUCCAGUUUGACAACCAGGGUUACUUCAACUCCUGCACCAUGAAAAGCUGCUGCUUCGCUGGAGACAAAGAUCAGUACAUCUUGUCUGGGUCGGAUGACUUCAACCUCUACAUGUGGAAAAUCCCAAAGGACCCAGAAGCAGGAGGACCAGGGCGCGUGGUGAAUGGCGCUUUCAUGGUGCUGAAGGGUCACCGCUCUAUUGUGAACCAGGUCCGCUUCAACCCUCACACCUACAUGAUUUGCUCCUCUGGUGUGGAGAAAGUCAUCAAGGUGUGGAGUCCCUACCAGCAGCCUGACAGUCUGGGUGAUCUCGAGGGCCGUGUGGAGGACAAAUCGCGCAGCCUCUACACCCAUGAGGAGUACAUCAGCCUGGUGCUCAACAGCGGCAGUGGUCUGUCCCACGACUAUGUCAGCCAGUCCAUCCAAGAGGACCCCCGCAUGAUGGCUUUCUUUGACUCACUGGUUCGUAGAGAAAUUGAGGGCUGGAGCUCCGACUCGGACAGUGACCUGAGCGAGGAAGCCAUAAUGCAGCUUCACGCCCGUGGACGUCGUUCCACCCGGGCCACACCAACGGCUCCCUCCAUUGCCUCUGCUGCAGGUCACCACAGUGACUCUGAUAACUCGUCAUCUUCCUCUCUGGCUGGACCUGAUGCUUCAGGAGGGGAGGACCCAGCUGGGGUGGAGGGGGAGGAGCGGCUGAGGAGACGAAGCAGGCAUCAACAACAUCAGUCUGGCUUUCAGAUGAACGAGGACUCAGACUCAAGUGAGUUUUGGCUUGACCCCAUGCCCCGGCCUCGCUCCCCGAGUCCCAGGGACAACUCCACACUGUCCAGCCCCACGUCCUCCUCUUCGCUUCCUGCCGGGGCUUCCAGCUCCUCCUCAUCCACUUCUAGCUCCAGCAGUGAUGACGAGGAGCGGCGUAGUGCAGUAAGGCGGCGCAACGUCAUGAGGAGACGACGCAUGCAUGUGGUUUCCAGAGCUGGAGAUCGACCUGAGUCCGUACAGGCUCUGUUCUCAGCUAUUGACUCCUGCAGUUACCCAUCGAUCUCAAUCGAUGACCUGUCUUCCUCCUCGUCAGCUGAGGAACAAAACUCUCUCCAAAACAAGGUCUGCACUGGUGGCACUAGAGAGGAGGAAAAAUGUCUGAGCCCUUCUGACUUUGUAUGUAUGAGCCCAGUAAUGUCCCCUGAGAGCCAGGAGAAUGAGGAAGGGAGUGACAGAACUGAGAUGGAAAGACACCGAACUGCCUCUCCUCAGUCACUGGACGGUCUCAGGACCGGAGGGAAAGCUGCUACAGAGCCAGCUCCAGACAGCUCAGAUAGUGGAGAGCCAUGUAGCAGCUCCGUGGCUCUAGACAGUAACUCCCAGAGCCGACGUAGCCCUGGAGUGAAUGGCCAGCACCGGACUGUGGCACCAUAUGUUGGUGAGAACCGCCAUGUCUCCUCAGAAUCAGAGGAAGAGACUGGCGUUGCACCUGAAGACACCAGACCACGGAGAGGAAGUGUCCCGCCACAGGGCGCUCUGAAACGGACUCAUGUAGGAUCAGAAGAGUCUGGCUCCUCUCCCUCAGAAAAGAAGUUAAAAACAUAAUGACAUCUUUUCAUUACAGAGAGAAAUCCUUUUUUUUUAAAGACUUAGUUUAGGAAGUGGGUUUUUUAUGGGUUUUUACAACUCAGCUUUUUCAUUUUGCGCCACCUUUUCACAGAUGCACAUGAACUCGCUGUCUAUAAGCAGACGGCGUUAAGCAACUAAAAAAGUGUGGGUGAUUUUUGUUUCAGAACAAAACAGUUGGACAGUGUCAUCAUUCUUUACGUCAGACACAGAUAACAAAAGAUGGCUAAUAUAAGACAUAAGCUAAAUAUUGUUAACUGGUAUUUCUGAUGGACAUGCUGCUCUUUGACAUUCAUGCCUGAUCAGUUUCUCUCAUGAUCUGGUUUUAGCAAAAAGCUCCACUGAGGGUUUGGAGCUCUUCCAGCCUUAACAAGUAAAGGUAUUAAGGAGGACAAAAGCUUUUCAGCAUUUUAAUUUCUGAGGUUUUGCACUGAGCACAAAUCUGAUCGGACUUAUUCUCGUUUCUAAGCGAUUCUCGGUUGAGGCUGCUUCAGGCUGCCUGAAGAAUCGACUGUCUCAGAAAUCCUAAGGAGCUCCAUUUGUUUAUUAAACUGUGCACUGAAAUGAUGCAUUCAGUGUCUCCACCAGUUGUUUCUAUCUCAUUAUCCAGCCCCUGGGUACCAUAACAAGCAGGCUCGCUUUUGUUUUCCUGCAAUUAAAAACUCAUUUGUUCUCAGAACCAUGACUUGUUCCUGAGGCUUCGCUGAGUUGAUGGGUGAAGUGUUUACUUAUUCUGUUAUGUCAUUUGGAUACAGUCAAAAUCAAAGUUGUUUUUUUUUUUUUUU